CAGAAAUGUGAACUUCCGUUGACUUGCUUCCGCUUUUGUGGCAGUCACGGUUGAGGGCUGUAUCUACUAAGUUUUGUGUGAUGAAUUAAUUCGAUCUUUAACAACUAAGAUGUCUACAGUAGCUGACAUGCUUGGGCAACUAAAGACGGCUGUCGAUUCCAACCGCACUGACGUUAUUUGCACUAUCAUAUCAACGUGGAAGAAAAGUCCAUCUGAUGAGGACUUGCUGCAGCACGUACUGAAUGAGCCUCAGUUGGAUUGUGGCACCUUACUUCACUAUGCUACUAAGGCGAGUAAAGCUGACAUCGUCCGUGCCCUGCUGUCUAAUGGAGCGGACCCAGGUGUACAGAACAGUGAAGGCAAACUACCACUGGACCUUGCCAAUGACCAGAUAAAGUGGGUGUAUAAUGAGGAGCUGCUACAGUCAACAGCUCAGUCAAACCUGGGGAGAGUGUGUCAGCUGUUGGCUGGAGGUGUGGACGUGAACUUGAGGGACACUCCUGCCACACAGAACACGCCGCUGCACUGGGGCGUCACAUACAGCACCGUCGACAUGGUCCAGUGUCUUGCAACUCGUGGUGCUAACCCGAAUUCUGUAAAUGCGGAAGGCCGCUCCCCUCUCCAUGAAGCAGUGAAGAGAGGUGACAUAUCAAUCAUCUCGGUGCUACUCAGCUAUGGGGCUGACCCGUCCCUCACAGUCAAAGCAGGCCCUGACACAGGGAAGACUGCUUUUGAUUUGGCCUCAGGGCUGGAGAAAGUCGAACAGCUGAUGAAGACCCCACCCAGAAAACGUACCCUGUCAUCUGAGGCGGCUCAACACGAGCUCAACAACCAUACAGAGAAGAGUCCGCUGUCCAGAUUAGACAGUUCUGUGUCAGUGGAGAGUGGUGUGGGUGCUGGAGACGCGGGUAUGGUCAACGGCACUGCAGCCAAUGGAGUGGAGUCCACCGGUCCACAGCUUGCUUCCCCAUCAUUUAAGAAUCUACAGAUUCCUAUCAUUUCUCCAUUACAAAUCAAGUACAAUAUGCCGAAGCCCCAUGUGUAUGAUGACCUGAUGAUGUCGCCGCUCCGAGCUGUGGUGACGGAGGAGAAGCUGAACCUGCUGUGGCCACAACCACAAAGUAUUGUCCAGGGCGGCGGUCAGCCGUUUGUUAUACAAGACCAUCUCCCAGUCAUUGUAGCUGGAGGCCCUAUCUUCAGUCACACAAGAAUCAUGGGAGUGUGGGAAUCUCAGAAAGGCCACUUUGAGGCAGUUGGUGUGAAGUUAGGUUUGGAGAUGUUGUCCCCCCUGAAUGUGUGUGACAUGCCCCAUGUGCUGUGUCAUGUCAACCAAAGGCUCUGCCAGAACAAGGGCUCGUACAAGAUCACCAUCUCCCCCAAACAGUUGAAGAUUGUGUGUGGGAGCCUGGAGAGCCUCAACUAUGCACUGUGUACAGUACUCCAGCUGUUGGAGCUCUACAGGACCGCAGAGGGAAUCUCCGUCCCAACGUUGCUGAUUGAUGAUUGGCCAACGCUGCAUUAUCGAGGUGUAUUGUUGGAUGUGUCACAAGGACGAGUACCCAAUAUGGAAACUCUCCAAGAACUACUGAACACAUUGUUUCUACUGAAGAUAAAUCAAAUUUAUCUGUAUUCACGAUUUAGAAGCAAAAACCCAACAGAGUGGCAGUUGUGUUACUCCAGAAGUGAUCUGGUGCAUCUGGACUUGCUGUGUUCGGCCCGUGGCUUGCAGCUGGUGCCGGUCCUCGAGGUCGGUCCCAAGGUCCAGUUUGAAGAUCUCCCUCUCCUCUACACUGCAUUCCAGGACUUUGUGACAUGCUGCUCACACUCAGAGUUUGUCAGUGCUGGCCCUCGACUGAGCAGUUUCCUUCUGGAUGUGACAGAUGAUUACCUGAACGUGAAUGACGCAAGUCGGUACCUGCCCGUGAGUCGGGACCAGACCCUGCAGCUGUGUGGCUAUCCCCUCCAUGGCCUCAGCACAUCCCUGUUGCAGCAGCUGCCACCACAUAUUGUCUUUAACGAGUUUGGUGUCAAGGCAGACCAUGACUUCCGCAACUUCUGUGGCCCAUUGGCUGAUCUGGGGAUCAGCUUCAUGACCUGCCCUGGCACUGCAGCGUGGAACAGCCUGGCAGGAUGUCCUGAGGCAGCUCUAUGUAACAUCUACAACGCCAUGAAGUGUGCAACAUCACAGGGAGCUAUGGGGAUGGUUGUGUGCAACUGGACGGGGAAGGGACAUCUCACCCACCUCCCCUUCUCCUGGGCAGGGCUACUGAUGGCUGCCGGUUUGAGCUGGGGCACAGAUGUACACUGGGAUUUCAUCCUUGGCAACUUAGCGGACUUGUUGAACCAGCAUGUGUAUAAAGACAAAGCUAUGGUUUUGGGACAUGCUCUGGUGGAGUUGGGGAGGGCAGAGACUUACCUCAUGCGUUGUGCACGCAAUCAGCCAGGCAAUGAUGUGGGAGAUUUGCCGGAUGAGCACGGAUCUGUCCUGUUCCAGUUUCUGUCCUACCCUGAUGGUGUUCCCUUAGAAUAUUUGGCUCCCGAUGUCAUACAGAGAGCCAUUCGUCACAUCAAGAAGUGCCAAGCAAUCCUCCCUAAUGCAGCAAUGGCCUGUGCACAGGCUGUGGAGAUUAUAGAAGAAAUCAACCUCACGUGUGACUUUAUGAUGCUCGCAGCAAAGGUUGGACGUGCCUUGGUCAUGUCAGGCAAAAAGCCCAACAGCAAAGAGACAGGCUACAAUGUUGUCAACUUUGGGAUCAAUAUGCUUACGCCAACUAACAAAACAGAUCUGGCAAACAGGCUGCUGGAGCUGAUGGAGAUGUACAAGAUGGUGUGGAACAAACGCUACCUGCCUGCACAGGGUCAGCAUGAAUCACUACUGAUGCUGUCCAGUCUCCUCCGACUGCUGGUGCCGGACAAGAGCAAGGAGGAGCUCGAUCACCUCACUAACACUCAGGAACAACCUCAGUCAUAGGCAGGUCAUCGCACCUGUACAUCCUAUACCUGCUCAGUCAGAAACAGUAGACUCAAUCAUGUAUACUAUGUACUGGAAACUGGAUAUUUUCAAAUACAUGGUUGGGAUGCACUUUCACCAGCAUCAGUGAUAGAAACUAACAGUUUUAGUCCACUAGUCCUUAUAAUGAUAACAUGUAGCAAAACCCUUAAAAAUGGCAAAAUUCUUCUAGUCCUUCUGCUACCUGAGCUAUUUGGCAGUUUGGCAAGGACUACAGGACUAGUGCCAAUUUCUAAUGCUGAACAUUGGAUGUGUUUGUUGUUGUAGUUGGAGAUUCUCCAUGCAUAAACGUUUCUAUAAAAUGUGUGGCUGUGGCUAGAAAGUGUAGAUUCACACACUGUAAUGUAGUCACAUUAGAAAGUAAUUGCAUAGUUCCAUAUAUGCUAACAUUACCUUAUUAAUUUUUUAAGAUUUUUAUGUAAAGUAAGAAGGAAAUCUACUUAUGAAAUCGUUUAGAAACAUGAUCAAAUUUUUACUGAUAUUUGCUAUAUUUACUGAUCGAAUGCUGUUAUCACAUAUGCAUGAACUCUUAAGUUCGUAAAUCAAUGCUUAAAGGUACUACCUUACCUCACUAUAUAUAUUAUUUUUAGCAACGUAAUGAUAGUCAUAGCAUUAAGAACUGAUGUACAUCAAGGGAUUUCUAAUACUAGUAUAUGGUGGACUGAUAUAUGAACUUAAGGAUGCUAUCCAAUAGUUGCAUAUCGUUCAGUGUCAUGGAAGUUCAAUUUGAUUCUACUGUUUCUGAAAAUGAGUCUGUUGAGAUUCAUCAUCAAAGUAUGCCUUUUGUACAAUAUUAUAAUAUAUGCUUGGUUGCCAAUCUACACAAUCACACUGCAGCCUGUGAUGGCCCAGUAUAACUGACACAGUGCUGGGAGUCUGUCACCCUGUAUGAGUUGAGCCUUGUGCAGAUGUUUCUCAUGAGCACAGAGGAAAUGUACUGAAUCUCAAUAUUGUGUUUGAGGGAUGGAGACACAAUAGUAACCAGUAAUACAGUACUCAGUGUGGUGCGGCAAUCGGGUGUUAUAGGGAACUAGAGUUUUACAAGUACUGUGAGUCAGCUUGAUAAUGUGCUGUUGAAGAACUGUAAAGCAGAUAGAACACCAAAUGUGUGUAAGAUACAAGUACCGCAAUCACAACAGAGGCAGAUCCAGGCUUUCCUAUGAUGGUGGGAGAUGUCAUAUUCUGAAUUUAUUUUAGCCAAAAAAAUCAGGUUGGUUGUUCGAAACAAAAUCAAUUUCCCUUUUCAAAUAUUUACAUCCUAAUUUGUUGUGUUUUGGACUUUUUUUAAUAUAUAUGUUUUCAACAGGUUGUAAGAAAAUUAUUAUACCAGUAAAUAAUUUAUUUAUAUUGACAGUAAAUGAGGUGUUUUUUUUAACAUUUUACUUUUUUCUAGUUGGCGAAAUAAACUAACCACUGCUUUCCAUUUAUUUAUGUUUUUCACAUUUCAGUAUUUUUGAGUCGGUGGAAUCAUAAACCUAGUUGAGAAAAUGAUCUGGCCUUGCUUAUAUGGCUGAUGUCAUUGAGAUCCAUAGGUAAUGUUAGAACACCCCCACCAGUCUCAGACCUGCCACUGCCACAUGUGAUGACGGUUGGGGAAAACACAGCCACAAAUAUGUGUUGAAGAUUUGGACAUGUAAGAAACAGAAUCAGAAUAUUGUACAGAAAACUACAAAAUAUGUACAAUGUUUCCAUCAUCAGUCAUCACCAAGUUGAUUUACAGUUUUCUUGAUUGGGAUGUACAAUGUAUAGAAUUAUCAUACAUAUUGGGGUAAUAUACAAAACUUGUAUUAUGCACAAACUUUAUUUUCUUGGUUAAUCGAUCAACCAAUUGUUCUAAAAAUGAAAACUAUAACUCCAACACUAACACCUACCACCAACAAUCUAUUCCUAAAAGAAAUGUUGAAAACCGAGAAAAUAGAAAGCUGCUUCAUUGGCACAAUAUCUUCGUCAAAAGGAAUAUAUAUAUAUAUGUAUGUAAGAAACGUUGAGACGUUUGCUUUAUGAGUCAUCAGUCAUAAUUUACACACUUCAUAAACUUGCUUCCUUUGACAAGUGAAUUCACUUCACUGGAACUUUUUCUCAGUAAUACACCAAGUUAAAAGAUUUUGUAUGCUAACACAUAAUCUUUUCUCCAAUCAUUAACUACACUAAAUAUAAAAUCGUAAUGGCCUUUCACAGAAUCCAUUUGUAAUAAUAUUCAUAAUCAUAC